AUGUUUCCCUUAAGAAAAACCAAGAGAGCUUUCGUCAAAACCGGAGACUUUACCCCGGGAACGAAACGCCGGCGAUGCGUUUCUCCGGUGCCGGAAACCAAAGCUGGAGGACCCGAUUUUCUAGAUUCGAUCCCCGACGAUCUUGUUGUUUCCAUCCUCUGUAGACUUGCCUCUACAUCGAGAUGUCCCGCCGAUUUCAUCAACGUCUUGAUGACAUGUAAGAGAUUAAACAGUUUAGCUACGAGUCCUCUGGUUUUGUCGAGAUUAUCUCCGAAAGCAAUCGCCGUGAAAGCUCAAAACUGGUCGGAAUCAGUUCACCGGUUUCUCAAACGCUGCGUCGACGCCGGAAGUCUCGAAGCUUGCUACACUCUCGGAAUGAUUCGGUUUUACUGUCUGCAAAUCAGAGGAAACGGCGCGUCAUUAAUGGCUAAAGCAGCGAUUAGCUCUCACGCGCCGGCGUUAUACUCUCUAGCCGUGAUUCAGUUCAACGGAAGCGGCGGUUCAAAGAACGAUAAGGAUCUUCGAGCCGGUGUGGCUCUGUGCGCACGUGCGGCUUUUCUCGGACACGUGGACGCUCUCCGUGAGCUCGGUCACUGUCUCCAAGACGGUUACGGAGUUCCGCAGAAUGUCUCCGAAGGUCGUCGGUUUCUCGUUCAAGCCAACGCUCGUGAGCUCGCCGCCGUUUUAUCUUCCGGGAUCGAAGCUCGGUCGUGGCUGAGUUUAUCGCAGCCGCCUCAAAUCGCCGUUCCUAAUCAAAAUCCGAUUCACGGUUGCCCGUUGCUUAGCGAUUUCGGAUGUAAUGUACCGGCGCCGGAGACGCAUCCGGCGAACCGGUUUUUAGCGGAUUGGUUCGCUUUACGCGGCGGAGAUUACUCUCCCGGAGAUGGGUUGAGGCUCUGUUCUCACGCCGGGUGUGGACGGCCGGAGACGAGGAAACACGAGUUCCGGCGAUGUUCUAUCUGCGGCGUGGUGAAUUACUGCUCGCGCGCUUGUCAAGCUCUCGAUUGGAAACUCCGGCAUAAGAUUGACUGUGCUCCGGUGGAACAAGAUGUAGCCGGAGAAGGUAAUAACGUUCAGAUUGACGGAAAUGUUAACGGUGAUAACGUGCUGGUCCAAAUGAGCUAA